AUGGUCGUUCGCAUCCGUCUCGCCCGCUUCGGCAACAGGCACCAGCCUUUCUACAACAUUGUGGUUCAGCACACCCGUACUGCCCGCAACUCGAAACCUUUGGAAGUCAUCGGAACCUAUAACCCUGUGCCGCAACGUCCUACGAACGAGAACGAGGACCGAUCAUACAAGGACAUCUCACUAGAUCAAUCCCGCGCCAGAUACUGGGUUGGUGUUGGCGCGCAGCCUACUGAAUCUGUGUGGCGGUUAUUGGACCUGGCCGGCAUCGCGCAACGCAAACCGCACGAGAUGAAGUAA